AGUUCAGUCGCAACCGCUGAAGAAAGUGAUACUUUAGCUCAUUAUCUCGAGACUUUGCAUAUAAAUUGUGGUGGAAGAAGGACUCAUUCUCUCUAUAAGGGAUCAUGGCAAAGGCACCAGCUAUUGGAAUUGAUUUGGGCACCACCUACAGCUGCGUGGGUGUCUUUCAGCACGGGAAAGUGGAUAUCAUUGCCAAUGACCAGGGAAACCGCACGACGCCUUCCUAUGUCGCUUUCACGGACAGCGAGCGUCUCAUCGGCGAUGCGGCGAAGAAUCAAGUGGCAAUGAAUCCCAACAAUACGAUCUUCGAUGCUAAGCGCCUUAUUGGACGCCGCUUUGAUGAUCAAACUGUCCAAUCUGACAUGAAAUUGUGGCCAUUCACGGUCGUUAGCGAAGGUGGAAAGCCUAAAAUCAAGGUUGAGUACAAGGGAGAGAUGAAGACGUUCUUUCCCGAAGAAAUUUCCUCGAUGGUUCUCACGAAAAUGAAGGAGACCGCUGAAGCUUACUUAGGACGGAGCGUUACAGACGCCGUUGUCACCGUUCCGGCCUACUUUAACGACUCUCAACGCCAAGCUACGAAAGAUUCAGGAGUAAUUGCUGGUCUGAAUGUUCUGCGAAUCAUCAAUGAACCAACAGCGGCUGCCAUCGCUUAUGGUCUGGAUAAGAAGGGUUCUGGAGAGAAGAACGUGCUGAUCUUCGAUCUUGGUGGCGGAACUUUCGACGUGUCCAUUCUGACCAUUGAGGAUGGCAUCUUCGAAGUCAAGUCCACUGCAGGAGACACGCAUUUGGGAGGAGAAGACUUCGACAAUCGCAUGGUGAAUCAUUUCGUGCAGGAGUUCCAGCGGAAGCACAAGAAGGAUCUCACGAGCAACAAAAGGGCUCUUCGGCGACUGAGAACCGCUUGCGAGAGAGCGAAGAGAACUCUUUCGGCCUCCUCGCAGGCUAACAUUGAGAUUGAUUCCCUGUUUGAGGGAACGGAUUUCUACACUUCCAUCACUCGAGCUCGCUUCGAGGAGUUGAACUCGGAUUUGUUCAGGGGAACAAUGGAGCCUGUAGCCAAAGCUCUCAGGGAUGCUAAGAUGGACAAGGGACAGAUCAAUGAGAUAGUCUUGGUCGGAGGAUCUACGCGGAUUCCGAAGGUGCAGAAACUGCUGCAGGAGUUCUUCAAUGGCAAGGACCUGAACAAGAGCAUCAAUCCGGACGAAGCUGUUGCCUACGGAGCUGCUGUUCAGGCUGCAAUUCUGCAUGGUGACAAGUCUGAAGAGGUGCAAGAUCUUCUCCUGCUGGACGUGACUCCCUUGUCUCUGGGAAUUGAGACUGCUGGUGGAGUUAUGACUGUUCUUAUCAAGCGCAACACCACAAUACCGACCAAGCAAACUCAAACCUUCACCACCUAUUCGGACAAUCAGCCUGGUGUCCUUGUGCAGGUGUUUGAGGGUGAACGUGCGAUGACCAAAGACAACAAUCCGCUGGGAAGAUUUGAGUUGACUGGCAUUCCACCGGCGCCUCGAGGAGUGCCUCAGAUUGAGGUGGUUUUCGACAUUGAUGCAAACUCCAUUCUUCAUGUUUCCGCGGUGGAGAAAUCCACCGGGAAGGAGAACAAGAUCACGAUCACGAAUGAUAAGGGGCGAUUGAGCAAAGAGGACAUCGAUCGGAUGGUGAACGAGGCUGAGAAGUAUCGCAGUGAGGAUGAGAAGCAGAAGGACAAGAUCACGGCCAAGAAUGCUCUGGAAUCUUAUUGCUUCCACAUGAAGAGUACCAUUGAGGACCAGAAUAUCAAGGACAAAAUCAGCGAUGCUGAGCGACAGACGAUCCUGGAUAAGUGCAAUGAAACCAUCUCCUGGCUGGACUCCAAUCAGACGGCGGAAAAGGAUGAAUUUGAGUACAAGCAGAAGGAGUUGGAGCAGAUCUGCAAUCCCAUCGUCACGAGACUCUAUCAGGGCGCUGGUGGGGCACCUAACAUGCCAGGCGGAGCGCCACCGCCACCGCCACCUCAAUCCGGAGCAGGACCAACCAUAGAAGAGGUGGACUAAGACAGAAGG